UCAGCGGCCAGUUUGAACCGAGGAACUUCAUGUGCAACGAAACACACAAGGCAACCGCGAGCUCUUUCCUCCCUCAGAGACUUUACCAAGACAUCUGAGGAAAAAGAGAAAGAAAUCGGACAUUCAUCAAUAUUGCACGUACUUUCAAAUAAAGAAAAUGGAUGACUAUCUGAAGAUAGAGAAAAUUGGUGAAGGCACAUAUGGUGUAGUGUAUAAAGGUAGGAAUAAAACCACUGGACAGGUGGUGGCCAUGAAGAAGAUCCGUUUGGAAAGUGAAGAGGAAGGAGUGCCAAGCACUGCAGUCCGAGAGAUCUCCCUCCUCAAAGAGCUCCAGCACCCCAAUGUUGUACGCCUGCUGGAUGUUCUGAUGCAGGAAUCAAAGUUGUACCUGGUUUUUGAGUUUCUGUCCAUGGAUCUGAAAAAAUACCUGGACUCCAUCCCAUCUGGCCAGUAUAUGGACCCCAUGCUGGUGAAGAGUUACCUGUAUCAGAUCCUGGAGGGCAUUCUGUUUUGCCACUCUCGGAGAGUUCUGCAUCGUGACCUAAAACCUCAGAACUUGCUGAUUGAUAAUAAAGGUGUGAUCAAGCUGGCAGAUUUUGGGCUGGCACGUGCCUUUGGAGUCCCAGUCAGGGUGUAUACACACGAGGUGGUGACAUUGUGGUACAGAGCUCCUGAGGUCUUGCUGGGAGCUUCACGCUACUCCACACCUGUAGACGUCUGGAGUAUUGGUACCAUCUUUGCUGAACUUGCAACCAAGAAACCACUCUUCCACGGAGAUUCCGAAAUCGACCAGCUUUUCAGGAUCUUCAGGACUUUGGGAACCCCUAACAAUGAGGUUUGGCCUGAAGUUGAGUCCCUGCCAGAUUACAAGAACACUUUCCCAAAGUGGAAAUCUGGGAAUCUGGCCAACACAGUAAAGAACCUGGACAAGAAUGGCAUUGACCUGCUUAUGAAAACGCUGAUUUAUGACCCUCCUAAGAGGAUUUCAGCACGGCAAGCAAUGACGCACCCAUAUUUUGAUGAUCUGGAUAAGAGCACUCUUCCCGCCAGUAACCUCAAGAUAUAGAUACACCUCAAACUUGAUGCCCCUGUUUGUGCCCACACACACAUAAUGAUGCAGUGUGAGUUUAGGGGUUGAAGUGAAUUAACUCUAUGGAGAUCUGGGAGCUGAUGUGUAAAUCCAGAAUGUUAGUGUUGGUUUGAUUCUGGAGGUGCUGAUUCGCUCCUCGAAUCUACAGAAAUGCAAUCUGAGUCCUUUGACACGCAAUAAUUAGCCUUAAGUUUGUUACUUGGGUGGUUAUCUAUUUUUGUUUGUCUGGUUUUUGUAUGUCUUUUUCCUAUCCUCUUUUAUAUGUUAUAUAAAACACCCAUUUUUGUAAAUAAAACCUAUUUUUGUGGACCUGAAGUAAAAUAUUCAAAGAAUAAACAGGUGUUCUUAAUAAAGACCACAUUGUAGGAUCCCA